AUGACGAAAAUCACCCACCAAGAUCUCGGGUCCUUCCCAGCCGUGCUGCUCUUUAGCUCACUGGCUCUGUCCUUUGACGCCGCCGCAUUUCACCACUUCCGAAAAACUGUGCUCGGAACAAAUUCUCUGAGCUGGCUCACGGAUGCCCUCUCAAACCUUGUCGACGAGUGUGAGGUCGUCUUCACGGAAAUUCCGACUCUGAAGAGGCCCCACGUGCGUGAGCAGCUUCUCGACCUUCGAGAUGCUCUUGCCACCGGUCGCUCAAUGCAUGUGGAUGGCCCCUUACCCAACACAGUUCUCGUACCACUGGUUGUGGCCUCGCAUUUGGCCCAGUAUAUGGCCUUGUUGGAGCACAGCGGGAUGACGCAUGAGGAGUUCGUCGCCAAGGUAGACGGCGAGACCGCGGGCCUCUGCACGGGUCUUCUUGCUGCCUUUGCUGUGGCCAGCGCACACAGCAAGAGUGACCUCGAAAUGUACGGGGCGGCUUCAGUGCGUCUCGGCAUGCUUGUUGGGCUUGUGAUCGACCUGGGUGAAGCCGUCAGCCCGUCCAAGUCCCUCAGUGUGGGCUGGGGCUCACCCAAGGCAUACGAAGACAUGCUCCGGGUCUUGAAAGACACUCCUGGAGCAUAUAAGUCAGUCGGAUACGAUGAAAAUCGGGCGACUGUCACAACUACAGCGUCUGCUGUCCCACGGCUCCAGUCAAACCUCAAGGCACUUGGGCUCACGGUGUCGGAAAUUGGUCUCCACGGACGCUAUCACUCGCCAGAAAACAUUGAAGUCCUGGAGCAUGUCGUGGCCUUUUGCGACAGGCAUUCGCAGUUCCAAUUGUCAGACGCCUCAUGUGCUGCCCUCCCAACACGCUGCGAUGACGAGAGCGGCAAUCUUGUUGCCAAGGGAGCACUUCAUGCCCACGCACUACGGGCUAUUUUGGUAGACUCGCCCACAUGGUACAAGAUUAUUUCUGCCGCAUGGGCCGAAAAUAGCAACAAUGCUGUCCUCUUAUCUUUUGGCACGGAGAAAUGUGUGCCUCCCUCGGUGCUUCGAAAAGCGAGCGGAAGACUUGUGUACGUCUCGGACUCUUACUCGUUGCUCGAGAGCGCUGCGUCCAAGACUGGCCAAAGCCACCAUGCAUAUCCGGAGCGGCCAUGGCAAGAUAACGAUAUUGCCGUGGUGGGAAUGGCCUGUAAGCUCCCAGGGGCGAACGACGUGGGCGAGUUCUGGGACCUGCUGGCCUCGGCCAAGCCGCAGCACCAGGAGAUCGGCGCCGAACACCCACGCUUCGAUUUCCACGACACGCCGACACGCUCGGCGGACGACCCUGGCAUGCGCAACCGCCGGUGGUUUGCCAACCUGGUGAGUGGCGCGGACCAGUUCGACCACCGCUUCUUCUCCAAGAGCCCCCGCGAGAGCGCUUCUAUGGACCCUGCGCAGCGCCUGUUGCUUCAGGUGGCAUACCAGGCUGUGGAGCAGAGCGGCCACCUGAACGGCUUUGGCACGGAAGGAAGCAAUGUUGGCGUUUUCAUGGGCACUACAGGCAACGAGUACCAAGCCAACGCUGCGAGCCAGGCUGCCAAUGCUUUCACCACGACAGGCAAUCUGCAGGGCUUCAUAGCCGGGAAGGUCAGCCAUCAUUUCGGAUGGACAGGACCUGCGAUGGUGGUCGACACGGCCUGCAGCGGAUCACUCGUCGCUAUACACCAGGCGUGUAACGCGCUGGUAUCCGGAGAGUGCUCGGCAGCGCUGGCAGGCGGCGCUCACCUCUUGACACAGCCGGCAUGGUUCCAAAACCUGGCUGCUGGCCAGUUCCUCAGCCCCACGGGCCAGUGCAAGCCCUUUGCCGCCUCCGCUGACGGAUACUGCCGAGGUGAGGGCGUCGGUGCUGUCUUCCUGAAACGUAUGGACCGCGCAGUCGCCGAUGGGGACUCGGUCCUCGGCGUCAUCGCCGCCACGGCCGUGCAGCAGAACCAGAACUGCACUCCGAUCUUCGUGCCCAAUGUGCCAUCGCUGGGUGACCUCUUCCGCACCGUGACCAACAAGGCGCGGGUGAGGCCAUCACAGAUCUCGGUGGUUGAGGCGCACGGUACAGGCACGCCGGUGGGUGAUCCGGCCGAGUACGCCAGCAUCAAGGCUGUGCUUGGUGGAGAGAACCGCGACGCGGACCAACCGCUCGUGCUCAGCUCAGUCAAGGGCCUCGUAGGACAUCUCGAGGGUACGUCCGGUGUUGUAUCUAUGAUAAAACUCCUCUUGAUGCUGCACGUGGGCCUGGUGCCACCCCAGGCCAGUUUCACAACCAUCAACCCAGCCAUUGGAGCACGGCCGGCGGAUAAUAUGGUCAUUCCCACAAAGUCGCAGCCUUGGGAUGCUGACUUCCGUAUGGCUCUAAUAAAUAAUUACGGCGCCUCCGGAUCCAAUGCCUCGAUGGUGCUCGCUCAGCCUCCGACGUUGCGAGCAACACAGACGAGUGCUAUGCCCACUCGAGUCAAAUAUCCGUUCUGGCUCAGUGCUCAUGACAGCGACAGCCUCGACCGCCGUGCCAAGCUCCUCCGCAGCUAUGUUGGCCGAGUGCGUGGCCGCCAUUCGCUCGCCAACCUGUCAUAUAACGUGGCCCGCCAGAGCAAUCGCGCUCUGGACAAACGUGUGGUGCUGAGUGCCGGCUCUUUGGAUGAACUGGACCAAAAGCUCGCUUCGCUUGGCGCAGAAGAGUCCCGCCCAGCCGGAGAUAAAGCAGUCGUGCUAUGUUUCGGUGGCCAAGUGUCUACCUUUGUUGGUCUGGACCGCCAACUAUAUGAGAACACAGCCAUUCUGAAGAGACACGUCGACAGUGUUGAUGCAAUAGCCCGAUCGUUUGGCGUCAAAAGCAUUUUCCCCAGCAUUUUCGAGCGCACCCCUCUCCAGGACACCCUGCAGCUACAGGUGGCUCUCUUCGCGGUGCAAUACGCGAGCGCGCAAAGCUGGAUCGACUCUGGCGUCCAGCCCGUCGCAAUCGUGGGCCACAGCUUCGGCGAGCUGACAGCACUAUGUAUCUCUCAAGUGCUUUCGCUGGAGGACUCGGUCCGCAUGAUUGUGAACAGGGCCACCUUGGUCCGUGAUGCGUGGGGACUUGACAAAGGAGCCAUGAUGGCUGUCUCUGACGUGGAUCUGGCCGACAUCCAAAAGAUGCUUGUAGAGGUCAACAUCAAGCACAAGGACUCCCCCGCAAACGUCGCAUGCUAUAAUGGACCCCAAAGCUUCACGAUCGCCGGGUCGACAGCCGCCAUCGACGCAGUGGCCGACACUCUGGCCAAAUCUUCCAUCACAGGGACCAAGACAAAGAGGCUUAACGUGACCAAUGCUUUCCAUUGUGCCCUCGUGGACGGUCUUGUGGAUAGACUCGAACAGGGUGCACAAGGACUCACGUUCCGCGACCCUGUCAUUCCUAUCGAAUGGGCCGCCAAAUAUCCGUCUACCUCCGAGAAGCUCAGCCCUAAGUUUGUGGCAGACCACAUGAGGAACUCCGUCUAUUUUCACCACGCACUCGAUCGUCUGGCUGCCAAGCACAAGUCGUCGUCUCUUGUCUUCCUUGAGGCUGGCUCCAACUCGACUAUCACGCACAUGGCAUCACGGGCACUGACAAAUGCCAAUCUCAAGAACGUGCAUUUCCAGGCCGUGAACAUCACCAACUGUGACGAUGGAUGGAACAAACUGGUCGACACAACAUUAUCGCUUUGGCGAGCCGGCCUCGUUGUUAAUCAUUGGGCCCAUCAUCCCCUGCAGGCCCGCGCCAGCACCGACAUCAGCACCAUGUUGCUGCCGCCGUACCAGUUCGACCCCGAAGCGCGGCACUGGAUCGAGCUCAAGAACCCACCAAAGCACGUUGCACCGGUUGCCGCUCUUCCAGCGCCGGCCACCAAGCCUGCAGAGGAAGAAGGUCUCGUGACCUUCGUUGGAUACCAAGACGGAAAGGCGGAGAGGGUGGCUCGGUUCCGCAUCAGCACCUCUAGUUCAGAGUUUGAGAAGCUCUUGUCAGGCCACAUGACCCUUCAGACAGCACCCAUUUGUCCCGCAACGGUGCAGAUUGGACUCGUCGUCGACGGCCUUACGAGCAUUCGCCCUGUCUACAAGGAUGGUGGAUGCACACCACAGUUCCAAGACAUACAAUACCAGUCUCCCGUGUGCGCGAGUAGCGCUUUCGCAACGUGGAUCGAAGUAAGCGAAGAGAGCCCCGACAGCGCUGGCUCGUGGCGUUUCGAGGUAUACAGCACCGAUGGCAAUACCGUCUCCAAGGGCACCAAGAUGAUGCACACGACGGGACGUAUCGUUUUCAUGCAAAGCGGAGACGCCUCGUUGCAGCGCGAACUAGCUUAUUUCCCUCGCCUGUUUGGACACGGCCGGGCGACUGACUUGCUUACCCGUCCUGAUGUUGACGAGGUGCUUGGCCAGCGCAACCUCUACCGCGUCUUUGCCGAGAUCGUUGACUACGGUGAUGAGUACCGUGGCCUGCGGAGGAUGGUUGCCCGCGGAACCGAGGCGGCUGGUGUGGUGGUACCUGUAGCCAACAAGGAGCAUUCUUCAAAAGAUAGUCUGAAGUUCAACCCUCACCUUUCAGAUGCCUUCUGCCAGGUGGCUGGUGUUUGGGCGAACUUCAUGACCACUCGAUCCUCGAGCGAUGCUUACCUCGCCAAUGGUAUCGGGCAGUGGAUCCGGGCGCCAGCCAAGGACACUGCGCCGGCGGAGCUGCACGUCUUCGCCACCACGCAUCGCUCGUCGGAGAAGGUCCUGCUCUCGGAUGUUUUCGUAUUCGAUGCGGCUGACGGUGCCCUCCUGGAAGUAAUGCUAGGGAUUUCCUACAUCCAGGUUCCCAAGAGCGCCAUGACCAAGCUUCUACGUCGACUGACCGAUCCUCGAUGGUUGGCUCCUAAUUCAGCGGUGCCGGAAAAGCCUGUCACUAUUAUCGAGCCGGAAAGUGUCAGGCCUGUCCAUGUUGCACCACAGCCAACUGCGAUUGUGGCAGAGCUGACCCAGCACGUGGUCCAACCUACGCCUAAGGCCCCGGGGACAGGUAAUGAGACUUUCGCUCGCGUCAAGGCAAUCAUUGCCGACCUCUCGGGCCUGGAACUCCACGAGAUCAAGGCAGACAGCGAGCUGGCCGACCUCGGUAUCGACUCGCUGGUAGGCAUGGAGCUCAUCAACGAGCUCGAGUCAGCCUUCGGGAUCAAGCUCCCCGAAAGCGAGAUCCAGGCCGUCGUGGACGUCCCCGGUCUGAUGAAGUGUCUACUCAGCACUCUUGGAGAUGACGCGUAUGUGAGCGACGGGGAUGACUCGGAUAUGUCUACCCUCAACAACUCAUCGGGAGAGGCCGGUCAGUCCACUCCAGCUUCGAUCCGGGCUGCGGACAUGGAGGAGCACGCCUCCGUGCUGCCCUUCGACGCCGUCAUGGGUUGCUUUAAGGAGGUCAAGGCCAAGACAGACGAGCGGAUCGCCGAGGUCGGGCAGAUACGCUACGUGGCUGAUGCCCUCCCGCUUCAGGAUGAACUCACCGUCGCAUUGACUCUCGAAGCCUUCGAGGAGUGCGGGGCCGGAAUCCGCGAUGCUCAGCCAGGACAGCCGCUUGAGCGUAUCUCUCACGGCUCUGCUAACAAGCAGCUGGUGACUUAUUUGUAUCGCAUGCUCGAAACCUUGACGCAAGUCAUCAAGAUGGAAGGAGAGGAUAGAAUUACGCGUACAGCCGUGCCGCUGCCUACGAAAUCUAGUCGUGAGAUAUAUGAGAAUCUUUCCACUCGCUUCCCCGACCAGCAGACAGCAGACAAGCUCACCUAUUAUGCGGGCACCAACCUCGCGCGAGUGCUUUCAGGCGCAACCGACGGCGUCAAGCUCAUUUUCGGCAGCGCUCAAGGUCGCGAGCUGGCAGCCGGCCUCUACGGCGACUGGCCGAUCAACCGCGCCACAUACGCCGGAAUGGAAGACUUCCUCACGCGCCUCGCCAGCCGCCUCCAGGCAGACGGCGGGAGGAUUGGCGCUGAGAAGCCACUUCGCAUCCUUGAGAUGGGCGCCGGCACGGGCGGCACGACCAAGCGACUUGUGCCACUGCUGGCCAGGCUCGGGCUGCCCGUCGAGUAUACCUUCACGGACCUGUCCCCCUCGCUGGUUGCGCAGGCGCGCAAGGCUUGGGGCAAGCAGUACCCGUUCAUGCGCUUCGCGGUCCAUGACAUCGAGAAGCAGCCCGCGCCCGAGCUUGUCGGCACGCAGCACCUCGUCGUCGCCAGCAACGCCGUGCACGCGACGCCCUCGCUCCAGGAGAGCACGCGCUGUAUCCGCAACAUUCUGCGGGCCGACGGCUUCCUCUGCCUGGUGGAGAUGACCCGGCCCAUGUACUGGGUUGAUAUCGUGUUUGGCCUGUUCGAGGGCUGGUGGAUGUACAACGACGGCCGGGAGCACGUCGUCGCGCACGAGGAGAGGUGGGAGGCUGACCUGCAGGCCAGUGGUUACGGCCAUGUCGAUUGGAUCGACGGAGCGAGCGAGGAGAGCAAGAUAUGGAAGUUCAUCAUUGCGUCGGCGGACCCGGAGACUCGAUGUGUAGUUGCUGCUCCCUCUCGGGCUCCUCUGGCCACCCAGAGCAGACACGGGGUUUCGCAAGAAUGUGAGGACCGCGAGACAGUCAUUGCCGGAUACGUCUCUGAACUUGCGGCUGGAUGGGACAAUUCCUUGCUGUCAUCAGACCCCCAGUCUCAACACACGUCAGCCAAGUCACACGGCAAAUGUAUUUUGAUCACGGGCGGAACCGGCGGCCUCGGAUCGCAUCUUGUGGCCAAAGCCCUGGCCUGCCCCGACGUGGCACGUGUUGUGUGCCUCAACCGCCGCAACAGCAAGCAAGAAGCACUUCAAAGACAAUGGCAGUCCCUGCUCAACAAGGGUACGGGACUGUCCAAAGAAGACGAGACUGUCAUGAAUAGGAUCGAUGUCAUCGAGACGGACCUCUCCAAGCCCAAUCUCGGACUGUCAGAGAGCGAAUACAACAAAUUGGCGGACAACGUCACGGACAUCGUGCACAACGCUUGGCUGAUGCACUCCAAGUGGCCCAUCAAGCGGUUCGAGCCGCAGCUAAGGAUCAUGAUGAACAUGAUCGGCCUCGCCCGCGACAUCUCGGCACGCCGUUGGGAGGGCGGCACCAGGAGGCCGGUGACGUUCGAGUUCGUCUCGUCCAUCGCCACAGUCGGCCACCACCCGCUCCGGACGGCUCCCGGAAGCCAGCGGCCCACCGUGCCCGAGGUGCGCGUAUUUGUCGAGAGCGUGCUUCCCACGGGCUACGGCGACGCCAAGUACGCGUGCGAGCGGCUGCUGGACGCCACGCUGCACCAGCACCCAGACCGGUUCCGCGCGACAGCUAUGCGACUGGGUCAGAUAGCCGGCAGCUCCCUCAACGGGUACUGGAACCCAACCGAGCACGUCUCCUUCCUGGUCAGGUCGUCGCAGACCCUGCGGGCACUGCCCGACUUCGGUGGCACCCUCGGCUGGACUCCGGUCGAUGCCAUGGCCGGCACGCUGAUGGAUAUUCUCCUGCAGCCAGAGGGCGUGCGCCUGCACCCCAUCUACCACAUUGAGAAUCCCGUCCGUCAGCCGUGGGCCGACAUGAUCGCCACGCUGGCCGAGGCGCUGGACAUCCCGGACGUGAUUCCGUUUGGGGAGUGGGUGCGCCGCGUGCGCGAGUGGCCGGUCAAGGCGGACAACGGUGCGGACGGCGCCAACCCGGCGCACCUGUUGACUGAUUUCCUCGACGAAAACUUUACGCGUAUGAGCUGUGGUGGCCUGCUGAUGGGCACGGCUAACGCGAGGGAGCAUUCGCCUACCUUGGCCAAGGUGGGCCCGGUGAGCGAGGCUACUACGAGGUUGUAUGUGAGCAAAUGGAGGGAGAUGGGCUUUUUGAAAUGA